AUGUCUGUUCCCCAAGUAUCGCGUCGUGUUGUCCAGAAAGUCUUUGCUGCUGAGCAGAGCGAUGGUGUCGGUGUGCGUCUGCGCCGUGCGAUCGGCAACCGCCAACUGCGCAACUUGACGCCGUUCCUUAUGCUCGACCACUUUACCAUCACACCUGGCUCGGGUUUCGCGGACCACCCUCAUCGUGGUCAGACGACUGUGACGUACAUGUUCGACGGCUUCGUCGAGCAUGAAGAUUUUGCUGGCCACCGCGGCGUUAUUGGCCCUGGCGACAUCCAGUGGAUGUGUGUCGGUCGUGGUAUGGUCCACGCCGAGAUGCCAAAGCACAAGGACGACAACGGCAACCCACUGCCGAACCCUGUGGGUAUGCAGUUGUGGCUCGACCUGCCCAAGUCUGCCAAGUACGUUGAGCCGUCGUACCAGGAGCUGCGCAGUGCCGAAAUGCCGCACCAGCACCCGCGUGACACAGAGCCCGCGGAGACGGAGGGCAAGGGCUGGGAAAUCAAGAUCAUUGCCGGCCGUAGUCACGGUGGCGAGUCGCCUGUGAAGUGGCCGCAAGGCGCCGGCUGCUGGUUCAUGGACAUCAAGCUCGACCCGCAGGGCUGGGUGUUCCAAGAGCUGCCCAACGGCUGGAACACCAUCCUGUACCUGGUUGGUGGCACAGUGACGGUCGGCGACAAGGACGCCGAGUACAACCAGUACGAUACGCUGGUGCUCACGACGCCGUCGGAUGUCAAUGGUCAGGACGGUGUGCGCAUUACCAACCCUACGGACAAGCCGGCACGCGUCAUCCUGAUUUCGGGCGAGCCGAUGAAGGACCGUGUCGUGCAGUACGGUCCGUUUGUGCUGAACUCUGAAGAGGAGGUGUACAAGGCGAUUGAAGACUACCAGCUCGGCAAGAACGGCUUUGAGCGUGCGCCGCAUUGGCAGUCGGAGAUCGCCAAAGGGUUUCGCUAA